AUGGCUAGUAAUUUGUUACGUGCCUUGCUACAAGAGGAAGAGGAUGACGACGAUGAUGAUUACGCGACCUUAUUAGCAAUCGCAUCUUUGGAAGAACACCACUCCAGCGAAGGUCAAAGUUCUCGUCGUCGUGGUUCCAUUCCAGGGCACGCUGUAAUUCAACGCAAUAGAGCUGAAGGUCACGAGAGGCUUUUUCAUGAUUAUUUUAGUGAAUCUCCUGUGUAUCCAGCAAAACUAUUUCGAAGGAGGUUUCGUAUGCAUCGCCCACUAUUUUUGCGUAUUUUAUCCGCAGUGGAAACACAUGAUUCCUACUUUGUCCAGAAACGGGAUGCUGCUGGGAAAAUUGGUUUAUCCUCACUACAGAAAGUAACUGCUGCUAUGAGGAUGCUUGCUUAUGGAGUAUCAGCAGAUUCUGUGGAUGAUUACGUGCGGAUUAGAGAAAGCGCCGCUAUAGAUCUCGACGGGUUUAUCAAAGCAAUUGUUGUAAUUUUCGGUGAUGAGUAUCUAAGGUCACCAACUGACGAGGACACUGCAAGAUUGCUUGCAAUUGGCAAACAACGAGGAUUUUCUGGGAUGUUAGGAAGCAUUGACUGCAUGCAUUGGAGAUGGAAGAAUUGUCCGGCUGCGUAUCAUGGUAUGUAUACUGGUCACAACCACACUCCUACAAUAAUUUUAGAAGCUGUUGCUUCCUAUGAUCUUUGGAUUUGGCAUGCUUAUUUUGGUUUACCGGGAGCUCUUAAUGACAUUAAUGUGUUAGAACGGUCUUCCGUUUUUUCUCAACUUGCUGAAGGGCAUGGUCCGACUGUUAAUUAUACAGUCAAUGGUCAUGAAUACACGAUGGGAUACUACCUUGCUGAUGGUAUAUAUCCGUCAUGGGCAACAUUUGUUAAAACAAUUUCUUUACCACAAAGAAAUAAAAGAAAACAUUUUGCUAUACUUCAUGAGUCGGCAAGAAAGGAUGUAGAGCGAGCAUUCGGGGUACUCCAAUCACGCUUUGCAAUUGUGCGUGGACCAGCUCGCUCUUGGGAUGAGAAAAUAUUGAAAAAUAUUAUGCAAGCAUGCAUAAUAAUGCAUAACAUGAUUGUUGAAGAUGAAAGAAAUGAUGAUUAUAUCGACUUCACGUACGAUGCUGCUGAGGAAGCCCCAACUAUAUCAGUGUCUCACGAACGUACAAUAGAUUUGUGUGAAUUUAUUCAGAAUCAUCAUCGCAUUAGAGACAGACAAACUCAUUCUCAAUUGCAAUUGGAUCUUGUCGAACAUUUAUGGGAACGAAAUGGUGGGCUUUAG